UUGGUAAAUCUCUAGUUUGUCCAUGUAAGAUCGAGAUAGUGCAUGAUUACCUUAUUUUAUAUACACUCGAGUGUAAGCUAGAUUUUAAGUAAUUUAAAAAAUUAGACAAUAAUAUUAGUUUUUAUUACAUAUUUUACUUUAUAUUUUAAAAUAUAUACCUACAGAUACCACAUCUAACUUUUUCCGUUAAUAAUGUUUUCGUUUAACAAAAGAGAACAACAUCCAAACUACAUAUCUAUAUGAAUACAUAAGACCCUAUAAGCUAAGGCACACCUUGAUAAGAAAACUAUUAACAUUUAGAUCAUUCAAGACUAUUAGACCAAAGUAGUUCAGACAAAUUCAAACUUUAAAUUCAAGAUAAAAUGGGGAUAGGGGCGAAAAAUUCAACAAAAGAUGUAUAAACAAUAUAUAAAAAAAUUGGAAUAGGCUAGUAGUAUAAGAGCUCAAAACCAAUAAGAAGACUUUAGCAUCAAUCCAAUGAGUUUAGUUCAAGCAAAAUCACUUCAUCCAAAUCACAUUCUUUAAUUUUUCUAUCUCUCUCUCUCUUCCCCCCCCCCUCCUAUAUACUGUAUUUAUUUAAUUAUUUCAUCGUAUUUCAAUUAAAAGAAACAAUGAGGGUGUUCCUCAAAAAAAAAAAAAAUGCUCAAGUGGUUUGAGCUUCCUUUCUGAUUUCAGGAAAUUUUGGGAUCGAUUCUCAUCACCCGUCCUUGUGGCUCUCUAAACAAAAAAAAAAUUAUUAAGAGAAACAAACAUAAGGUAGAAUGAUGUAAAGGUACGUUAUAAGUAACUUAACAUUCUCUAAUUCUCAUCUUCUCUCUCCACCUUUUUUUUAACAACUUUUGAGGAUCUCUUCCUUUAACAACUUAACAAGGAUCAAUAAAUCUAAAAUCCCCUUUGCUUGUAACCUUGGGAAACAUAGCUAGCUAAAAGCUAUGUUUAACAAAAUUAUUAUAAAAAUUCUUUCAAAAAUAUAAAAAUAAAAUAAAAAAUGAACUAAUACAAAUAAUUUUAAAAAAAAUAAUCCAUGCAUUUUAAAUCCACAAGGUAAGAACUCUUCUUCCUUCCCCUAUUUGACCAAUACAAACAAGAGCUAAAACUAGCACACGCUCUCACCCAACGCCUCCUUUUGUUGAAGUUUGACACAUUAUAUUUUUCGUUAAUUUCCUUAAUUAUAAGGUUUACUAUAACUUCAUGCAACUUCUCAUAUUUCUAUCAAAUUUCUUUCUCCCCUUUAUAACCGUUAUACCUCGUCGUAAUCUUUAAUUUUCUUCCUCAAAUACCCUUUAUUUUUUCGACCUUUUCAAGACCUCAUUACCCUUGAAACUACAUAGAUAAAAUAAUAUUACGGAGAGAUUGUAUUAUCAACUCUCGUCGUGUUCUUGACAUACACAUGUAUAUGCUCUACAAGUUUCAUCUUUAUUACAUUUCUUGAGAGUUCAAAAGAGGGAGAUUCUUACAACUUUAUACCCAUAGAAUUAUAGAGCUAGCUAUUUGGUUUUCCUUAAUAAGAAAGAAAUAAAACAGAAUUUCACUUUAUUUUGUGGUGUAACAUAUACAUUAUUUUUUGUAUAAGAUGGUGUAUUUUCAAAAGUACUAUAUUGAUCAUCUUCAUAAUGUUAGGAAAGUUGAUGAAACAAAUAGGAGUAAGAUUAUGAAGGAAGAAUUAAGGUCGUCCAAGAGAAACAAGUCUAAGCUAUUUUCACUACUCUGCCUCUCUUUCCUCUCUUGCAGCCUCAUUUGGGUGUCUCAGAUUUUCGGGUUUCCGUUUUCAUUAUCUUGUACACAUCAAGGACGAGAUAAAUUGUCGUAUGAAAUAUCGGGUUCGGAUCCUCCAAUUGCUUCUUCUGCAUCAAAUGGAAGUAUGUAUUGUGAUCGAAGCCAUUUUCGUACAGACGUAUGCUUCAUGAAAGGAGAUAUUAGAACAAAUUCUUCAUCCUCUUCAAUCUUCCUAUACUCAUCUACAAACCCGAAAGCCUCUCUACAUGACAUCCCUACAAAAUUCGAGGAACACGAGUUACAACAUGAAAUUAUCAGGCCUUAUACCCGAAAAUGGGAGACUAGUGUAAUGAACACAAUUGAUCAAUUGCACCUAAUCUCAAAACACAAACCCUUGGCUAAUUCCGGUCACAAAUGCGACGUGACACACGACGUUCCGGCCAUUUUCUUCUCAACGGGAGGCUAUACAGGUAAUGUGUACCAUGAAUUCAACGACGGUAUAAUCCCUUUGUACAUAACUUCACAACAUUUCAACAAAGAAGUCAUCUUUGUUAUCCUUGAAUACCAUUCUUGGUGGUACACAAAAUAUAGUCAAAUCCUAGCACAACUUUCAAACUAUCCUCCUAUCAUUUUCAAUUCCAACUCCAAGACACAUUGCUUUCAAGAAGCCGUCGUUGGGCUAAAAAUCCACGACGAGCUCACAAUCGACUCAUCGUUGAGCAAAGCGAGCACCUUAGGCUUUCGAAACCUUCUAAGCCGAGCCUUUGAUGCCCCGAAAAGAGCAGUAAAUCUCAAGAAGAAGCCAAGGAUGGUCUUAUUGUCUAGAAGUGGGUCUAGAGGCAUAACUAACGAGCAUGCAUUGAUAAACUUGGCACAAAAAAUCGGAUUCAACGUACAUAUAUUGAGGCCUAAUAGAAAAACCGAAUUAGCUACCAUAUACAAAGAAAUACGUUGUAGUGAUGUUAUGAUUGGAGUUCAUGGAGCUGCCAUGACACAUUUCCUCUUCCUUGAGACUAAUCGCGUCUUAGUUCAAGUUAUUCCUCUAGGAACGGAUUGGGCAUCCGAGAAUUACUAUGGAGAACCCGCGAAAAAGAUGAGAUUAAAAUACAUUGGGUACAAAAUUCAUCCUAGAGAAAGUUCAUUGUACUACAAGUAUGAUAAAGAUGAUCCGGUUUUGAGUGACCCUAAUAGUGUGAAUAAAAAGGGGUGGGAGUUUACUAAGAAGGUUUAUUUGGAUGAUCAAAACGUGAGAUUGGAUCUUAAGAGGUUUCGAAAGUUGUUAGUUCGUGUUUAUGAUGAUUACUUCAUAAAUUCGAGGAUUACAACAAAAGGCGACACAUAAAGUGUCACUUUGUCAUCCCUACUUGUUUUUUGUAAUGGUGAAGAAUUAGCUUAGUCCCCUUAAUUUUUUUUUAUUGUUUUUUUGUUCUUUAUACUACAUCUUGAUUUGUAAAGUUUUGUAUGUAUAUUAUCACGUACAAUAAGUUCUAGGACUGUAGGAAUAACUUGUAAACUCAAAUUUUUGUUCGAGUUGAUCUCAUCCAACACGUGCCAAGACGAAAAUUGAAUUUUAUACAUGUACGAUGCAGAGGUGAAAAUUGGAGGAAAAACAAAAUUGUGGGACCCACCUCACUUUUCUGUCACACUUUCCGUUAAAUGGUGGUAAUUUUAAAGUUUUAAUUUUU